AUGCUCGCGUCUACGGCAGCACCUUCGUCGAGCAAUGAUGGCGAUCGUCUUAUCAGCGAUGAAGGUGCAUCCAUACAAGUAUUCCGCUUGGAAGCAGAGCGUCCUCUGAACCUCAUUCCGAACUCGAAGGUCGCCAUGCCGCGUAGAAAGGAAUCUUUAGGGGUGUUAGAGGCCGAGGUCGGCUCGGUCGUCAACACGACUGCAUUUAACUGCACCUCUGGGUCUUUGGAGCAGUUUGAGCUCGUCUGUGCAACGCCGUCCUGUUAUCUUAGGCUGCGGCAGGAGACCGGAUCACAAGGUCUCGGUGAGCUUUAA